AAAGAAAGUGACGAAUGCGGAAGUGUUCAUGUUGUGUGUGGUUUAGUUGCGUGUAGUCAAACAAAAUGACCGAGUCCAAAGCUAAAAAUAUUAGCGCCAUUCCAAUCGAUGGAUUCAGCAAUGUUCGGGUCACAUCAUUAUGGAGCUUUCUACAGUCUGUUGACUGGACUGAAUCCUGGCUGAUUUGUCUGCUGGCAUUCCAUGUCUUCUGUUUUGCUUUCACCAUCCUAUCCUGCAAAUACUACCGCCUUCAGAUCUGUCAUUUUCUCUUGAUGGUCACAAUGGUUUACAGUGCAGAAUACCUGAAUGAGUUGGCAGCGAUGAAUUGGAGGUCUUUUUCAAAGUUCCAAUACUUUGAUUCAAAAGGAAUGUUCAUAUCACUAGUAUACUCAGUCCCGCUCUUGCUCAACACAGUUAUUAUUGUGGCUGUGUGGGUAUGGAGGACCUUCUCAACCAUGACAGAAUUGAAGAUUCUGCAGUUAAAGAGAAAAGCUGCCAGAGAGAACCACAAGAAAACGCAAUAGAAGACAUGAA